AUAAUUUCAUGUUCACCCAACCAGAUAACAACAGUGAACAGCUCUGAGGACACCCAGAGCUGAGAAGAAGACACACGAAAGUGUCCAGACAUGCAGUCCGCCGUUAAACACAAUUUCCACGAGGAGAAUGAGGCGAACAUCAACAAACUCGUCAAUAUCAAGCUGACUGCGUCUUACACAUACCUGGCACUGGGUAUGUACUUUGACAGAGAUGAUGUGGCCCUUCCCAACUUCUCUUCAUUCUUCCUUGAGCGCUCCGUGAAGGAGAGGGGGCAGGCGGAGAGCCUUCUGGAGUACCAGAACAGCCGAGGAGGAAGAAUCCUUCUGCAGACCGUUGCUAAGCCCACUCGUGAGGACUGGCGUGGGGGUUUGGACGCCAUUACAUUCUCUCUGGAGUACCAGAAGGCCUUGAACAACGCCAUCCUGGACGUCCAUCGCACGGCCGGAGUUCGCACUGAUCCCCAUCUGUGUGACUACCUGGAGAGCCACUUCCUGACUGACAGCCAUGACACCAUAAAGAAGCUGGGCGACUACGCGGGCAGCCUGACGCGCCUCACCUCCAGCGAGACGCACGGCAACAUGGGAGAGUACCUGUUCGACAAACACACUCUCUAAAAAAACAUGUACACACACCCUGAGGGGUAUACUAAGAAGCUGGUUCAGGAGUAAACCAUGUUAAGAGGUAAAUCGUCUAAUAGAAGAGCCUGGAGUCCUUAAUUUAACAUGGUUUACUCCUGAACCAGCUCCCUAGUAUAGGCCCCUGGGGUGUAAAUUCCAAUAAUGAACCUGGCUUAGUUGACCGACAGUGAGUAAGCCUGCCAAUAGAUUGCCUGGAUGCAUUAAGAAAAUCCAGGCUCCAGGCUCUUUUAUUUGCUAAUUUACGACUAGUUCCAGAUUCAACUUAUCUUGGAUUGCUACUGGAUUUUUACCCCCCGUGUGCCAUUUGUAUCCCUUCAACUUUUCAAACCCCGUUCAUCUGUAGCAUGGGAUGUCUUGUGCAUGCGAGUGGGUUUACAGCGGACCACUGUUGACUUCUGAAAGAAGAAGAGGUCUAAUCCUCUACUAGUUGUUGUGUUUUUGUGAAGUGGCACACAUGCACAAACCACCCUCACCCACCCUAGUGUGAAGUCAAUUCUCUUGUUAAUGAUGACCUUAUACCUCAGUAUACAGACCUGAAUCAUGUCUAGUGCUUAUACCUCAAGUUGAAACUCAGACAUUUCUCAUAGUUCGGUGCUAGAAAGUUACCAGUUUACGUCAUACAUAGAUCAAGCAUUCCGUCAGGAUUUUUUUCUUAUGUCACUCCUCUCCUUGCCUGUAAGCUCUUGCGUACGCAAUAUUUGGUUACACAUUCCCUAAAUGUAAACAGCUUGGUUCAUUUUAUUGUCACAUUUGAUAAACGAGAUUUCUUCCAAUAAAAAUAAAAUGCAAUGCAAACAUA